UGCACGCAUGCACACGCACGCAUGCACACACACGCACAUACAUGCACCCAUACACACACACACGCAUGCACACACACACACGUGUGGAUACACAGACUGAAAAUUCUGUAAUUCUGCUGUUUGCAGAAGUUUGUUAUGGUCCCACCACGGAUGCAUGUUAGAUGUGUCAGGUGUGCGUUUUGUGAAGCUCCUGAUUAGCCGUGUGAUUUAAGGCAUGACGGUUGAAGUGCCGGAUCCUGACAGUGCACGGCGUGGAAGAGCUUCCUGCAGGAUUUAGGAAGCGAGGCCUGCUAUUCCGUGGGACUGUUGGGCCUUUGAAUCAUACUGCAGGCCUCACCACCCCGCAGGUGCUGUGAUUCUCUGUCUGUGACCCCGUCAGCCUCCAUGAAGCCGUAUCAGCAGGUCUCGGACUCAGAAACCGCCCCCCCGCGUUUCCCCGGCAAGCGGGCAGACUAAAUCCUGGUCGGCUUAAGGUAUCCUAGCUCCAGAAUCCGCCUAAGAGAGAAUCAGCAGCUUUACACUAGGCGAGAGCAGCCACCCGUGUCCUGCAGGGGGCGAUCUGCCCAAGUUACAUCCAUUGACAUCUCUUCACUUUAUGAAACUGAUGGCAGAAAUAGAUGUCAGUGGAGAAGCUCAGAGUUAUGGGUCUGUCUCCGCAGAUCACGCCCACGACGUGGUCUUUGCAUGGCUCGUGCGGCUCUGUCUGCCCUCUGCACUGCGUUGCUAUGGAUACAGCCUGGUGUUGCUAGGGUGUCAGCCCCCAGUCACUGUGUCUGUGUGCCCUGCUGAAUCUCCCUCCCCCAGCCUAAGAAACGCUCCGUUCCGUAACAGACGGGCAACCUUAAGGUCAGGGUUUCUGGGUAAUCUGCAUAAUUAGACUCCAUUAAUGAAAUGCGUGCAGUGUAAUUGAAACCCCGUGCUGUUUGUUUAAGCCACACUCACUGCGAAGAUCAUCCAGCACCCUAAUGACGGCGACUUUGGGCACUGACCUGCCGCUCGGAAGCUACCCAUGCCAGCUAUCACCCUCACAUUCCACCGUGAUCAUUCUGUGCCGUUAAUCUUAUAUACUCCGUGCUUCGAUACAGUGUACGACUAAAAUGAUUAUUGAGGGCAGUUAGGAGUGUAUUGCAAAAUUAACAGUGAUUGAUGGUGUAGCAUAUUAAAAAUGAUUUGUGAAAAAUUCCAGAAGGCAACCAAGGAGGUGAAACUAAUUCCUAGGUUAGUUAUAGGUGGGAGGAGGGUUAGGAGUCAUAUCCAAUUAGCUUGCUGCCCCCUCAGGAGACGGCACCCUUCAACAAGUAUUAAACCUGAAAUCCAAAGACUUGACACAGUGAUUCCCAGUAGAGCCUGACCAAUGCUCAUUUUCUCAUACCAGUACCGAUUUAGAUAUUUGAGGAUUUAAAAAUCCGAUAACAAUAUAUCAACCGAUUAUUCAUUUUUUCAGAAACACAUAAUCAAAGAUUUUCCCUAACAUUUUUGUGUAGUUAUUUAAAAAUCCUCAACCGAUAUCACAUAAUGCAGUUUAAAAAUAAUCUGUGAUUAUUUAUUGUCAUAAACAGUGCUUUGAACAAAAGUACAAUAAAAUAUAUUAAAGUUUUGAUAAAUAAGAGUCACAUUUUUUUCCAAACUCGUGUAAUGUGGUUGAAGGACCCGUUUCGAUUUCAUUGUCAUUUAUCAGCCGUUAUAAACACCAGUAAUGACUUAUUUGCAAUUAGUGCAUAUUGGCUGAUAACCUGCUGUGCAGAUAUUAUCGGUCAGGCCCAAAUUUCCAUGUUAUAUGAAGUUUCCUGUGUGUCAAAGCUCACUGUGUCCUAGCAUCAGGAAGGCCAGGGAAUGAAUGGGGAACACUGCUGGAUAACAAGGGCAGGAUCAAGCCCCCGACUUUGGAGGUAUGAGGCAUCAGUGCUACCCACCGAGCCCCCCCCCCCCACUGGUCACAUGGGGUCGGGAGGGGAGUGGCCUCAGUGUGAGUAAGACGAGCUUGUUUCACGUUUUGGUCUCAGGAUGAGGGAGCAGGAGUGGGAGGAACAUAAAGCAGGCCAGGGACGUCUGGCAGGGAGCUACAGCCCCCAGCGGGUCGCAGGAUGUUGCUGUUUGGUUCAACAAAACUCUUCCAUCUUAUUGUAACUCUUCCAAUGAUAGAUCAGAAACAGAGAAUUGAGUAAGAACUAAAUUUAAGUGGAAAACACAAGAGCAGAGCGUCCAGCAGUGCUGAGUGAACCUGUUUCACCAGAACGGUCAAUCAUGACGGUGAACUGGGGACGGUCAUAGGUAGAAUGAGAGCCUGGGCUUCAUCGCUGGGUGGGAGGAGCCUACGUCGUGGACGCGGGGCCGCUCUCGGGGGCCCUGUCACUGGGGAGACAUGCUGAGGAGGAGCCUGGGGAGGAGCGGUUUCUCUAAGCCGUGCUGCUGAGCCGCCGCCCCCCCCUCCCGUCCCAACUCACUCGUUGGCCUGCUAUCUUCAUGCCUGAGCCUCCCCGCCACCCUCGGGGGAACGCCAGCCACGGAACCCAUCGUGCCAGCGGCUGAGCCGCCAUCCGACAUGCCUACGGAGGCACUGCGCUCAGAGGGUGCGGUCAGGGUGCCCGGCCAGGUCACGCCGGCGCCCGCCGUCCCCCUGCGCAUCCUGAACAAGGGGCCCGAAUACUUCCGGCGCACGGCCGAGCCCAACCCCAAGCGGCUAAGCGCCGUGGAGCGACUGGAGGCCGACAAGGCAAAGUACGUGAAGAGCCAGGAGGUGAUGAAGAGCCGACAAGAGCCGGUGAAGCCCCCAGCCGGCCAGGCUGCCACCCCCAAGGCCUGCAACAACAAUGCCAAGGCGGAGAGCUGUGUACAGAGGGGCAACCUCAACCUGGACAUUCUGAGGAACAUUCUGAACAGCUCAGAGGGCACCUCGGCCAGUAAGGCCCAGGGCGCACGCAGCUGGGCGCCCCGGCGCUCGGCUGAGCCGGCGGGCAACCUGAACGUCAGCCGGCGCCUCCUAGAGGAGGGAUCGGGCCACCUGCCGCCGCUCUAUGCCUCCCACAGUUCCUCGGACAUCAGGAGGGCGUGUCACGGCAAAGCCUACCGCGUGGCACCCAGCUGCGGCUCCGCCCCUCCGCUGCCGGCCAGGCGUGGUGCCCCGCCCAUCACCGUGCCGCCUCUGGAGACAGAUGGGGUGGCGUCAGUGCUCUCGGCCGGGGCGCCCCCCCUGCGCCGAUCCAAAUCCGACCUGAGCGAGCGGCUGGGGGUCCGGCCCGAUGCCGACCAGUUCUUCAGCCACUGUGGCCUGGACCCUGAGGAGAUGGAGAACACAGACGUGGAGAGCGGCCCCCGUGCCGGGUCUGACGUCAUCUCGCUGAACUUCCGCAGUGCUAGCGUGCUCAGCUCGGACCGUGAACGCUCGCCCCACAGUGACGGCGAGCCCACGGACGACGAGGAUGAUGGGGACCGUGUGCCCUAUGGCAUCUCGGCUGUGGAGCGCAACGCUCGCGUUAUCAAGUGGCUUUACGGUAUCCGGCAGGCCCGCGAGACGCACAGGGUCUCUCAUGUCUGACGGGGUGCACUGCCAAUGGAAGACAUUGCCCACAGGGACCCAAAGGGAUCCAUUUGGACUCCCCCUUUCCUAGCAGGGCUCGGCUGUUCCUUUUGGGCCCGGCUCCACUGAUCAGGUCCGUCCUGCGAUACCAGCGAGCGGGUCACCGUGCGCCAUCUUAUUACCCAGCAGCCUUUGCGGUGUAAAGGCUUGCCCUGACAGCUGUAAAUUUCAUUUACCGAAAUAAACUGUUUUUUCAUUUAAAUGUUUUGAAGAUGUGUAUAUACCUCAAAGUGACCAAAUCUGUGAUUAUUAUAAGUGGUGGUCUACGCUACAUGUCGAAAAAGAAAAACAAGUUGUUCCCCUACAGUCUGUUAUAUUCUGAUGCAGGUGUAUGGCUGUGACAUUCAGUGUUCAGUACUUGGUUGAGAAUAUCAGCACACGUUUUGUUCACUUUUUAUUUAGCGUUGAUUUGGUUAAUAAAGAAAUAGGGGCAACUCUG